CAUAUUAGGGCAUAAAAGGAAGGAGAGAUGUCUGGAGCAGACGAUGGGAGCGUCCCGCUCGAUGUCGCGCAGGCCGAGGGUCAGGUAUGGCUGCUCAAGCUCCCAGCGAUCGUUGCCACCGCGUGGAACGCGCAAGAUUCCAGCGGCAAGAGCGUUGCCGCUGGCGCGGGGCCAGCGGAUCCGACGCUCGCCAAAGUCACUUGCACAUUCGAUCCUCUCAAUCCAGACCCGGAGGCCGCACUAGAGUUCACAAUGGAACUUUCGGGGCCAGAUGACAUCAAAGCUUAUAGCCUCAAUCUCCAGAAAGAUGUCGUGCCAACGCACAUCUUUUCCGACACACAGGGGAGGCUUGCCGUGGAGGGUAAAGUCGAGCGAAAGUUUGAUAUCAAACCAAACAGCAAAGCUCGCGAGGAGUACAGGCAGCUCUGCCGAGAGAGGGAUCGAAAGUUUAACAUGAAAACGAGAACGAUACAGGUCUUGAAAGACGAUCGUGGAAACCUGAUGAGACCAGCUCUUCCACCGACGAUUAUGUUGCAGUCAUCCAAGGAUGCUGCCAAGAGAAAAGCGCCUGUCAAUGCCAAGAACAAUGACGGCAAGAGAACGAGGAGAGAGAGGGGCGAAUUGGAAGACCAUGUCUUCAAGCUCUUCGAGCAACAGGCCAACUGGGCUUUGAAGCAGCUCGUCCAGAGAACCGACCAGCCUGUGGCCUUCCUGAAGGAGAUUCUCAACGAUCUCUGCACUUACAACAAGAGGGGAACCAACCAAGGGACUUACGAGCUCAAACCCGAGUAUAGGAAGAAUCCAGUAGAGGAAAAGCCUGCCGACGCAGCAGCACCUUGAAUCGAUCGAUCGAUCGAUCGUAACAAGUACGAUGACUGUAAUUUCUCUCUGCGACUUAUUUUGAUUAGCAAAAAUCCAAAGCUCAAGGCAAAAAGAAAAUAAAAGCGAACCCAAGUUUUUCCCACA